UAAUGAAAAGAUCUAAAUUGUAGUCGUCUGACAUCUUAGAUUGGUAUAAGAAGAGGUAAUUUAUGUAUUUAAGACAGAUUUCCUUAAAAUGUAAAGCCAAAUUAUUUGUAUUUACCUGAGGAAAUCAAAUAAUAGGUGAGAGCAUAAGUUAUAUUUGAGAAUUUAGAUAAAAAGAAAGAAAGUAUUGUAAAUUAGAAAGUAUUAAUAGAUAAAUUAGCAAUUGAUAAAUUAUAUGAUAUUUGUGUUAAGAGUGGAAUGAGUAUAAAUAGAAAUUAAGUAAGAAUGCUUUUUGAAAAGAUUGAUCAAGAUAAAAGCAGUAUAAAUGUAUUAUUAAAAUAGAAUGGAUUGAUUUAGAAGAGUUUUAAAAAUCAGUUCUUGAUUAAGAAGUAGGAGAAUGUAAAUCUGUAUUAAAUAUUUAGAAUUUACAUAAGUUGCAAUGAAAGUGAGAAAGAACUUAGAUGAAGGAUAUUUACCAAUAUAUUAUAAGAGUCUAAUAUCACAUUUAAGCUUUGUAUCUAAUAGAGAAGAGUUAAUACAAUAGAUAAAUGAUUCGAGUAAAAGUAAAAUAGAGAGGUUUGAGAGAAUUAAAGAAAUAAUGAAAUUACCAUAUGAUGAUAUAGAAUAAGAAGAAAAUAAUUAAUAAGUUUAAUAAGCAAGGAGAAAGUUGAGUGAAUUAAAAUAAGAUUAUGAAGGAGUUUAAAAGGUAGAUGCAGAAACAUAAGAAUUUAUUACUUCAAUGACUUAAAAAUUAGAAGAUACAAAGAAAAAAGGUGAUGAUGAUUCAAUAUUAUUAAAAAAGAGAAUGAAAAGAAAAUCAUUACCACAUAAUAGUUCAAUUAUGUCUUUACCUAAAAUAGAUCAAAAUCAUAUUAAAUGGCACAAGAAUUUAAGUUUGAUUGAUAAUCAAGUUAGAUAAAAAAUAUUUAAUGACGUUUAAAAUAACAAUAAUAAAAUAAAUUAAUUACUUUCACCAAGAAGCAAAAAACAAAAGGAUUUAGCAUAAUUAAAAAAUCAAUAAUCAAAAUUUAUAAAAAAAGCAAAAAAAUAAUUUGAUAUUCAAUUUGAUUUUAUUAAUGAAAAUUAGUAAUCAAUUGAUUAUACUGGUGGUAGAAGUUUUGAAGAAGGUAUAUUAAGUCUAUUCCAAUAAUAAUAAUAAUAAUAAGGAAGUUUGUGUAACUUUACUAAUAUUUCAACAAUAAAAAAUGAAAAGAAUGACAGAGAUGAAAUUUUAGAUUAAUCUGGAGAUCAUUUACCUAAAUCUAUUUUGAGAAAACUUUAGUAAUAUAAAAAUGUUACAAGAGACUCUACUUAAAUAUUGUUAGACAAAUCUAUUUUAUCCAGUUAAUAAUCAAAGUAAUCUGGAAAAUUAACACCAAUUUAUUAUCAAAGAAUGAUUCAUCAAACUCAUACAAACACAGAUUCUCUAAAUUCAAAUGAUAUGCCUACCUAUCCAAAAAGAAGAACAUAUUCACAAUAAGAUCUAAAAUAUUAAACUGUAUUAUAUUCUAAUAAUAAUAAUUUAGCCGUAUUUUAAACAAUCAGAAUUCUAACUUCCGUAUUUAUGA